AUUGAUGAGAAAAUUACUGAUUCAAGAUUUGUGGCCAAUUUAUCUCUAAUGCCUAGUGUGUACGAAUUCAUCUAACAAAAUCAAGUACAUUUAAUACAAUGCUUUUUAGAAUUCAGCAAUAAAUUCAGGAAUUAUUACGUGUUUAACUAUGUGUAAUCUCUUUUUGUCACUACGGUGUUUACACUGAUGUGGCCCAAUAGAGUGUGUUUAUAAAUUUCUUGUUUUUUUUAAUAUGUUACAAAUUGAUAUUUAAAAAAAAAUGGCAUAUCAAUCCCUCUUGCAAGAAUAUAUGCUCAUACCUCCUGUUACUAGGGCUUAUACUACAGCUUGUGUCAUCACUACAUUGGCUGUGCAACUAGACCUAGUAUCACCAUUUCAACUGUAUUUUAACCCCACACUGAUUUUGACAAGAUACCAAAUAUGGAGAUUUUUAACAACAUUCCUUUUCUUCGGAAACUUAGGAUUUAAUUUCUUAUUCAAUAUGAUAUUUACCUAUAGAUAUUGUAGAAUGUUAGAAGAAGGCUCAUUUAGAGGAAGAACAGCUGAUUUUGUUGUUAUGUUUAUUUUUGGUGCUGUGUUAAUGAUUCUUUGUGCAUUUUUUAUUAAUAACUUAUUAUUCUUAGGACAAGCUUUCACUAUAAUGAUUGUAUAUGUGUGGUCUCGUCGAAACGUAUUUAUACGUAUGAACUUCUUUGGACUGAUGAACUUCCAGGCACCAUACUUGCCAUUUGUUUUACUUGGAUUUUCUGUACUUUUGGGUAAUUCAAUAUCGGUGGAUUUAGUGGGCAUGGCUAUUGGCCACAUAUAUUUCUUUUUAGAAGAUGUCUGGCCUAGACAGGCUAGAGGACAAAAGCUUUUGAAGACACCGCAAUUCCUCAAAAUGUUGUUUGAUCCAGAACCAGAGACAGAAUAUGAACCAUUACCAGAAUUAGCAAAUGUGAGGCCAGGGGGCUUCAAUUGGCGGCGUCAACAGGAGCAAAACGGCAAUGAAGGUGAUGCAUUAUGAAUAAUGACUAAGUCAAGUACAAGUUUAGCCAAAAAUAAAUAAAAUUAUAUUAUACAAAUA